AUGAAAGGCAAUAUCCCUCCAUUGUCCGCUUCAAGCAAAUCUUACCACUGGUGUACAACAAAAGUGAAAAGCUUAUGGUGGAGGAAAAAGAUGACACCAUCCACUUUAUGAUUCCAGGCUUGAAAAGUUUGACAGAAUACAACCUUUAUCUAAGCUAUAUUGAUUCCAACCAUACAAUAAAGGAGCUCAUGACUGUGUUGACAAUAAACACACCAGAAUUCAAAACAGAAAAAGAAAUUGAUGACAACAGAUUAAUUAUCAUCACCGGGUGCUGCUUGACCUUCACCUUCCUCGCCCUAGUGAUCUGUGUCAUCUGGAGGGUCAGGGUGUGGGGUAAACUCAAGCUCUGGCUAAAUACCUCAGCUAAAAAUAGAACUAACAACAACAAACAAGGAGAGCCUCGCAUACUACCGAUCUACUGCAAUGAAAACGCAAACUUUGUGAAGGCAGUAGAGAGCCACGUCUCCCUGCUGUGUCGCUUUGUUGACGUCCUGUGUAUCAACGAACAGUCAGCCCUCAGGUGUUUUAUAUGUGGCUCCAGCACCAACGACCAUUCAUGGGUGGACACCCAAAUCAAAGACAGCGAGGUUCUAAUUUAUCUCUCUCCACGUCUGGGCCAGUUGCUGCGGGGGGAAAUCGAAACAGCUCAGAUUUCACAUUUAGACACUCUGUGUAUGCAGUCUAUAAACUCUUUACGUGAGCACCAAGGUCUAGGUCAUGGAUCACUACCUCAUAUGGUGACGUUUGACUGUUUCCAGCAAGCGGAGCUUGACUGCGUACACGAGUUCAAGAAUAUCUUGUCGGUGAACCACAGCGCUGAACUGGCGGGGCCGAUAAAGCUGGCAUCCUUGGGCCCCGAUGGCUGGCAGCUGGAGAAUCUGGACAUCUUGCUGUUCCGGCUCUACCGUCUCUCUCAGCUUCCUCAGAACUUUUCUCAAAGCUUCAGCGGGUGGCGCCAGUCAGAUCAGGCCAGCUAUGUCAUCAGAUAUUUAGAGCAGUUCACAAAGUCCAGCUCAUUAGAAAACCUGGCCACAAAUGUCUUGCUUGAUCAGGGAAUCUCUUUUGAGACUGUUCACAAUUCAAGCUUGGAUAUGUUCACUGAGAGGCACCCUGCCAGAGCAGCUGCCUCCCCGCCCAGUUACCCAGCUAGAGGGGCUAAUUCAGGAGGUGGUUUCAGGGAAGAUCCUGUGGAGGAGGAAGAACAGGAAGUGACCUCUGACAUGCCUCUGAUGUCUCUGUCCAGUGGCUUCAUCAGCGCUCCCUACUCCCAUGACGACCCACACUCUGUGGGGUACCCCGCACAUCCUCAAGGUCUCAGAUACCCCACACAACCUGCAGAUGACCCGCACUCUGUGGGGUACCCCACACAUCCUGCAGAUCUCAGGUACCCAGCACAAUCUGGAGAUGACCCGCACUCUGUGGGGUACCCCACACAUCCUGCAGAUCUCAGAUACCCAGCACAACCUGGAGAUGCCUACCCCAGUGACCCCCACUCCAACAGAUACUCACCAAAGCUCUCAGAUAUUUCCAUUGAUCAAAAUCCUCUCCAAAUGCCUUCAAUGAAAAAUUGCUCAACUGAACCAGAGACCACUAGCAUUACAGGUGGCCUCUCCAACCUAUCUGAAGAAGAAAACACUGACGUUGUUACACUCUACACGCCAGCUAAAACCCUGUACCAGGAGGAUGCUGUUAUAUUUUGGCCAAGUCCUCACUACAAAAGUGACGUGUUUUCGUUAAGUAACCAGCUCACACCGUUGAGAGAUAAACAUCGCGAUGGUUACCAAAAUGGGGUCACUGAGAGCAAAAAACUCAACAAGUCUGACAGCGAGUGGACCGUCCACAAUGGCCAUUUAUUUCACGCCCAGUCCAUAAUUCCACCCACUCUGUGUAUAAGUAAUACGACUAGCACAGACAGUGUUUACGAGCGGAUAAAUAAAGUUAACGAAAACGUCAAUUGGAGUAAUCUAAGCUUGGCCAAGUGAUUAUUGGAUUUUUAUUCCUGGAGACCCUCUAGAAAAACAUUCAGCAUUUAAUUUAAAAUGAGAUGUCUUUGACCUUAAUAAAAUGUAAUUUUACUGAAUAUUUAAAUCAAGCCUUGAAGGUUUUUGUCAAAAGUUUUUUGCUCUACUUUAAUGUCACAUCACCACUUGCUCUGUUUUUUAACCCAACUCUGAAUCUUUUGAAUUGAUGUUAGAUCUGCCGUCACACCAUAGCUACAU